UUUACCCUCGUUUCUCCCCCUUUCUAACGCGGAACCCUCUUCUCCCUAGUAUAUCGUCGCCCAUCGUUAAUUGCCGCCGCCACUCAUCAUUGCACGCCCCCGGUAUCUCCGAUAGAUCCAGUAAACCCUCAAAGUUUUGGACUUCACUGUCUCCUACUUCUUAAUCGAUCAUCAUACAGGAAUCACAAGCUCAGAAGCUAGGUGGAAGCAUAAGAAAUGGGAAACACAGGGGAAGAUGCAGAAGCCUCACCUAUGAUGAUGGAAAAGAAGAAGAAGAAGAAAAGCAAGAACAUGACCAAUAAUCAUCCAGAAGAAAUAGAUAAUGCUCUUCCGAAAGAGAAACCUCAUAAGCAUAAGAACAAGAAGAGGAAAUCAGAAUCAAAUGAAGAUGGAGGAGAUAAGGCUAUUCAGGAAGACAAUGGUGAUCUACAGAAGAAGAGGAAAAAAGAUUCUUCCAAGAGUGCACUAAUUAAAGAAAAUAACCAGAGCCAAGAUGAUGACCCAAAACCCAAAAAAGAAAAGAAGAAAAAGAAGAAAAAGAAGAAAUCAAAGGCAAAUGAAGAUGGAUAUAAUGGUAAUUUGGAAGAAGACAAUAGUGAUUUACAGAAGAAGCAUAAGAAGAAGAAGAGGAAAAGAGAUUCGGAGACACAAACAAAUGAUGACCCAAAACCAAAAAAAGAAAAAAAGAAAAAUAGGAAAUCAAAAUCAAAUGAAGAUGGAGAUAAGGGUAAUUUGGAACAACAAAAUGAAGACCCAAAAAAACCCAAAAAAAAGAAAACCAAAAAAGUUACCUUUUCGGGCGAAGUAGAAAUCUUCCCAUCAUCAUCCAACACAACAACCGCCAAAAGACAACAAAAAACAAAACCCGCCGACAACGACAACCUAGUACGAGGAAAAAGAUUCACACCAGAAGAAGACGAAAUAGUAAAACAAGCCGUCGAAAACUACAUAAUCUCCAACAACCUAGGAGACGACGGCUUAAAAAUGAUCCUAAACUGCAAAUCCCACAAAGGUAUGAAAAGAUGUUGGCAAGAAAUCGGCAAUUGCAUCCCCUACCGCCCUCACACCGCCAUCUACCACCGGGCCCACAUCCUCUUUGAACAAUCCGAACACCGCCAAUGGACACCCGAAGAGAUCAAAUUCCUCAAAGAAUCCUACAAAAAACACGGAAACAAAUGGAAAAUGAUCGCGGAAGAACUCGGUAAACACCGCUUCCAUGUCAAGGACACCUGGCGAAGAAUAGUCAAACUUGAGAAUUUAAAAAUUGGGAAAUGGAGUCAAGAUGAGUAUCAGAAUCUAUACGAUAUGGUCAACUUGGAUUUACAAAUGAAGAUCACGGGUCAAGAGAAAAAGUCAAAGCAUGGGAUGUUGAGGGAUAAUAUUCCAUGGACAUCGAUUAGUGAGAAGUUGACAACUAGAAGUGAUUCGACUUGUUGUAGGAAGUGGUAUGAACAGUUGACUUCGAGUUUAGUGGCUGAGAAGAAAUGGUCGGAUGCUGAUGAUUAUUGGUUGGUUGGGAAGCUUUAUGAGAUUGAUGCGGCUUGUGUUGAAGAUGUGGAGUGGGAUGAGCUUUUGGAGCAUAGAAGUGGUGAGAUUUGUAGGAAAAGAUGGGAUCAAAUGGUGGUUUGUAUUGGGAAUCAUAAGAGUAAGACAUUUGGGGAACAAGUUGAGAUAUUGGCUAAACGUUAUCGUCCUGAAUUGGCUGAAACUAGACAGAUUUGGGAUGAUAAACCCCUUGUUCCUUGAGGGUUUUUCACUUAUUUUGUGUUGUAGUUGUUAAGUCGUGUUUUAAGACGUGUGUUUUGUGUUGUUAAGUUUGUCUUGUCAUGUCGUUUACUUAUAUUCAGAAAGUUAAAAACAUUGGAAGACAUGGUUUAUGAGAAGAAGAAACGUUCAUAGGUGAUAGGAGGGAUGAAGGGGUCAAAAUAAUAAUUUUGGUUUGUGAAUUGAUACAAGUUGGGUUGGUUUUCUUUAUUAAAA